AUAGAAGCCUGAUAGCAGAAGGCAGCGCAGGGGAUGGACGACCGAGGACAAGGCCAAGAGGUGGGGAGUCUGGCCACGAGGACAUCCGGCUACUACUGAUGAUCUUCUCUUGUUGUUCACUUCACUUGCUACCUACCAGCCUCUUCGUCCAUCUUCACCCCAUCUCUCGAGUUGGUUGCUCGCUUACGAUCUUGAAGUUCGUCGUCAUCACCCUCCACCUGCGACUGAAAAAAAGAGGCCGACUUUCCACCAAUGUCUAUCACCGCCUCGUCUGUGAGCACGAUCUGAUGACACGUAGGCUGGCAGAAAUCGGUGUAGUGCCACACGCAAGUACUGGCACACGGCAUGCUCACCAAGUGCUCGGCGCGGAGCACUGGCACAUGCAAGCACUCACGGCAUGCUCACCUUGACGAUUCCGUUGGAUGUGUCUUGGCAGAGUGUACUUUUCAGAAGGGCAGACUCGAUCCCCCGUCGGUAGCUAGUUUCGUGCGCACCAAUUUCCACUCUAUUCUUCGUAAGCAUUUGCAAGAAGAGCGUCCAAGGACACCCAUCCGCACAGAAACCUUGGUUGUCUUAGCUUAUGCAGUGUCCACCCCACCUCACGUCUCUCAACGAGUUAGCGUUGCUAGCAGCUGGCGGUUUGUGCUUCUGCAUCAUCCGGUUAUCAUCAUCAUCAUCAUCAUCAUCACGAUCAUCGUCAUUAUUGGACGUUUAUGCUUUUGAAUCGUCGGUUAAGUAGCAUCGUCAUCACUCGUGAUUAUCAGCAGCAGCAGCAGCAGCAGCAGGAGGAGGAGGAGGAGGAGGAGGAGGAGGAGGAGGAGGAGGAGCAGAUCAAUCACCAUGUGCCGGUGGACAAUGUACGUCGGGCCGGCCGUUGGGCUGGACGCCGUCCUCCUCAAGCCAUCUCACUCUUCUAUAGAUAUGGCGACAAAGCAUUACAUUCCCCAGAUUCUCGACUCCAAAGCGGAUCUGGUGGAUGUGCUGCUGAAUGCACGACGCAACCACGCCAUCAACCUCGACGGAUUCGGCAUCGGCUGGUACCCGCUUGACUCCCACUCCUCCUCCUCUUCCGCCUCCUCGUCCUCGCCCUCCCAAGCGGCACCAGACUCUGAGGCGAAGGCGAGGGCGCCGCCAAUGCUGUACAAGACAGUGAAGGCCGGCCCAGAAGACGAUCGUCUCAUGGAGUUGGCGCAGACGGUCAAGAGCGGCUGUUUCUUCGCGCACAGCCGCGCCAGCACAACCGGAGAGGUGAUAGUGGAGAACUGCCAUCCGUGGACGUACGGAAGGUUCAUGUGGAUGCACAAUGGCGGGAUCUCGCGAUUCGCGGAGAUCCGCCGUUUCAUGCUGGCGGAGAUGGGUGCAAGGUUCGCGGCGCAGAUCCAGGGGCAGACGGACUCGGAGGCGGCUUUCUUCCUCUUCCUGCACUUCUUGGCGCAGGCGGCUCCGCAGGAGGGGGCCCGCGAAGAACGGCAACCUUGCGACGACGACGAGAGGGCUUUCAUUGAUCCGGAGAUGGCGAUCCGGCUUCCCAGCACGGCAGCGAUGCUGGAGGCGGCUAUGGAGCAGACAGUCCAGUUCAUCGUGAAAUCUGUCAAUCUAGUUUGCCAGGAGGAGGGGGGGGAGCAAGAGACUGGCGGGCCUAAUUGCACGUCGGAGGAGAAGAAGAAGAGGGGGGCCAAGCGGAGGGAGCGGUCCUCGUUGAACUUCGUGGUGACGGACGGGGCGAACGUGGUGGCGAUCCGGUUCAGGGACUCGAGGGUCGAGCCGCCGCCAUCGCUGUUCUACGCGCACGGCAUCAUGCAUCCGCCGUCGAGCAAAGGCGGGUCGCUGGACUUCGUGCCGCCGGAGCCCGGUCGAGAUGGUCUUCUGCGCGCAGCGAUCGUGACCUCGGAGCCGUUAAUCAAUUUCGAGGACGACGCGCACCUUCAAGAGGACUGGCAUCUCAUCGAGGCUAACCACAUGGUCAUCAUCGACGAACGAAGGGACCUCAAGAUGCGGAAGCUGUGCAUAGACUGCGCUGCACUGGUCGAGCACAAGGUGCGACGAUGGGGGCGCAGGUCGAGAGCGGAGGGCACCGCCGACGUUAUCAUCAACAACGGUAAUCUACACCCAGAGAGCGGCGGUGUGCGAGAUGAAGCCGGCCACGCGGAACGGGAGGCUCUGUCUUCUCCGUCUUGCUCCUCUGAAGAGGAGGAAGAAGAAGACGCUGGGCACGGGCAGGAAGCGCCAGGGGAAGCAGCACAAGCUGCUGCCGAUCUGCCCCAAUCGUCGGACGCAGCAGCAGCAGAAGCAUUGUCGACGGCAGAGGAUGCGGUGAAGCUACUCGCCGGGACGUCCUUGGAAACCGCGAUCCGGGUCUCUGCCAUCGCGCCGCCGACUACCACAAUUACCGCCGGGACCGUCUGAGCACCAGCGGCAAGGCCUGAGCUGGGUGAUCGUCACCUUGCAUGCGCCUGGGCUUGAACUGCCGCAACGCAAGUGGAGUUCGAACUCAAUUUUGUAUUUAAUUUAUAAACAGUUCAUGAGUACGUGUAGCACUUCUUUCGGAUGCUCGACCGACCAGUCCUUGAACAGUAGGGCGCCAACGACCGGCUCUUGGGUGUCACUUCACUGUGUAGUAAUGGGUUGCGUCUCUGCGAGAGGGUAAAAACACCGACUGUGUUUAUUUGCCCGAUCGCUGGGAGCGCAGUGUCUUUGUGUUUGAUCCGCUUUCGCCAACGAAUGGCCGACUGACGGGGAGCGGGUAAACGGCGACCGGUCUCGAUCGCGUGACAGACUGGUAGCUCGCUACCGGCGUGACCGUGACAGACUGGUAGCUCGGAAGGACCGUCCAACGGUAGAGCAUGCAUCAAUUAGUGAGUCAUCCAUAGGGUCAGCAAUCAAUCGCGUGAUAGUAUAGAUUAUAAUCGAUUAUUGAGUGAGUCCCUUAUAAUAGGGUCAUCAAUCAAUCGAUCGCUUAUAGUACAUUAUAAGCGAUUAGUGAGUCCCUUAUAGUGUCAUCCAUCAAUCGAUUGCUUAUAGUAGAUUAUAAUCGAUUCGUAGUGAGACCCUUAUAGUGUCAUCCAUCAAUCGAUCGCUUAUAGUCCAUUUUCAUCUCAUGUUUCCCCAACUUCUGAAUCAUCAAUCCAAGUACGACAUCAUCAUCAUCAUCAUCAUCAUCAUCAUCAUCAUCAUCAUCCAAUUUUUCCACAGCUUCAGAAUGCUUAACCGCCUCGUGAUAGAGUACAUCCUCGUGCAAAUUUUCCACUGGCACUUCAAUGUUCUGGUGGCAGUCUCAGCAGUCAGUACACUCGGCCAUCUCAUUACACUUAGACUUAGAGCUCACGAUGGGAUUUCAAUGUUCUGAAGAAGGAAGGGUACAAGCUUGAACUGCUGGAAAUGGAGCAUACAAUGCCAUACAAUGAGACUGCUGCUCGUUAUGUCCUCUUUUAGUCUCGGACUCGAGAAGCAGCAAGAUCGUUACUUUGAAAUUCGCAUCGCGUCAUGCAAAACUUUUACUC